CUGAUGGAAAGGGAAGGAAAAGAAGAAUGGCAAAAUAUUAAGGCCUUCAAAGUAACCCUAUGAAAUUGCUUUGAUCUCACCUACAAUUCAUUAAUAAAGUAUCAACGAUAGAUUUUACAUAGGUAUUUAAGCUCUUUAAAACAUAUUCUUAACAUUUUUGUGCAAAUUUGAGUUCUUUUAAAAUGUAUUUUAAUGCACAACCAUAUAGACAUAAAUCAUAUUUCAGGGUCUCAACACAAUGGAUUUUUAACAUUUUACCAAUAAACAAUUGUAAUCUGUCUGACAUGUAAAUCUGUACAAGCAAACAAGCUUUCUCUUUUAACUCCUCUCUUUCAACUCAUUGUAAUUUUAAUCCCACAUAGGCUAAUCACUCAGAUAUAUAGAUGAAGUAACAACUCACAAAAGAGUAUGCUUUCUAAUAAAACGUUUCAGAAAAGGUCCUACCAACUCUUGAUUUUUCACCACAAUGAUCUUCCACAAAGGAAACCAAUAAUGCUCAAAUAUUAAAGUAUUAAAAAUUAACAAAUAUAAGUAAUAUACGAACUUCUUGAUUCUAUUAAACAAUGCAAGAUGUCAGAUUAGUAAAAAAAAUAUUAGGUAUUUUUUUCCUAUUCAAGUUCCUGAACCCUAGGGGUUAUAAUCCCCAAAUUAACAAUCCCUGCUUUAAAUUUUUUAUCUCGCGAGUGUUUUAAGGUAAUUCUGUAAUGCUUUCUCACCUAUUAUUUUGGAGGUGGCGACUAGAUGACAUUUUAUAGAUGUGAUCACCAGUCGCUCUUUGGGUUAAUAAGUCCUCUGUUUUCUCGGCUGCCAUUUCUCUCCCCGCGUUUCUCCUCUCCAUUACUAUUUUGUCUGCUAAAUUCCUUUCAUACACAUCACUUCCUGCUUUCCGUUUUUCACACCAAACUCUGGGAAAAUUUCCCCAGAUCUGCUAAGGAGAAAUUUAACUGUACAGAUAAUGUAACACUGCUGAUCCUUGUGACAGAGAUGAACAGAUUACAAUUUACGGAAUGGCGCUGAAUUCUAUAGUAUGUAGAAGUUAAAUAGCCUUUUAUUUUCGGCAGGUUUUGUAGAGAUAUCGCAUUCCGGGCGGGAAACACAGUCUAUAUAUCAAUUUCUUUUCCUAAUUGCGGGGAAGACUGGAUCCAAUACAUGUUUUAGCGCAGAGCAAUAAUUAAACUACAAUCCCCACAGUCCCCCAGGAAGUUUCUGCCAUGACGUCUCAGCGACAAUCCAGUCGAGCGUGAGCAUGUUUUCUUUGCAAUGCGCAUGCGCUUUUGCAAGAAACCUUUGGAGUUCAGAAUGAUGCGGAGGGAGAUAGGUUGCGACUGAGCAGAACUCCGCGGUGUCUCCUUUCUUCCCUGCUCUAAACAUGUCUCUAAGAAAUCGCUCCGCCUCAGGUGUGCAGGAUUUUUGUUUCAGAAGGUUGGAAAACUUGCAGCAACUGCAGUAGGUGGUGGCUUUCUUUUGCUACAAAUAGCUAGCCAUAGUGGUUACAUACAGAUUGACUGGAAAAGAGUUGAAAAAGAUGUAGAUAAAGCAAAAAAGCAGCUCAAAAAACGUGCAAACAAAGCAGCACCAGAAAUCAACACAUUAAUUGAAGAGUCAACAGAAUUUCUUAAGCAGAACAUUGUGGUGUCCGGAGGGUUUGUCGGAGGCUUUUUGUUGGGUAUUGCAUCUUAAGGACAUGACUUUCAUCAUUCUGCUGACUUAACCAUGGUAAAGAUGAAUGACAGCAAUGCACAGAUCUUUUCUGUCCUCCCUGAAUCUCUUCAGCAAGAAGGCUAGAGUUGCCAGAUACAUCGGAGCAUUUUAUGUCUUAGGCUUUACCUCCUUAUGCUUACCUGAAGGAUGUUUCCUGAAAAUUCUGCUGUGCAUUCAGUAUCAUUCCCAAAGAAAAGACUAAUUCUCAUAAUGUUUUCAUUUUCCUUUAGAGUUCAUAUUGAAUAUGUUAUUUUUGUUCUGCACUUCUCAUUUUAGGGUUUAUGUUUAUUAUAUAAAAUUAUCUCAUACUGUGGUUAAUAAUGUUAUGCCAAACAUAACAUAGGAUAUUGUACUUUAAGUGCAGGGCUAGCCGGCUUAUUUUUGAAAUCACAGCAUAAUAAUAAUUUGUACAUGUAUUCUUUUUUUUUUUUUUUGCAAAGAUGAAAUAACUAUGAACCCAUUAAAAAGUAAAAUA